UCCCCCGCGGCCCGGCCAAGAUGGCGGCGGAUGCCGCCACCGAGCUGCUGUUCCUGGACACGUUCAAGCACCAGAGCGCGGAGCAAAGUACCAAUAUUGACGUGGUUCGAUUUCCGUGCGUGGUUUACAUCAAUGAGGUCCGAGUCAUUCCUCCAGGAGUGAGAGCUCACACAAGUUUGCCUGACAACAGGGCUUAUGGAGAGACAUCCCCCCAUUCAUUUCAACUGGACUUGUUUUUCAACAAUGUCAGCAAGCCAAGUGCCCCUGUUUUUGAUCGGCUGGGAAGCCUUGAAUAUGAUGAAAACACUUCAAUUAUUUUCAGGCCCAAUGCAAAGGUCAACACAGAUGGAUUGGUUCUUAGAGGGUGGUACAACUGUCUGACUUUGGCAAUAUAUGGCUCAGUUGACAGGGUAAUAACUCAUGAGAGAGAGUCACCUCCUCCACCACCCCCUCCGCCUCCACCUCCCCAGCAACAGCCUGGAUUGAAAAGGAAUCCAAAACAUGUUGAUGGAGAGAAAGAAGACCAAUUCAAUGGCAGUCCUCCAAGACCACAGCCCAGGGGACCAAGGACACCUCCAGGCCCUCCUCCUCCUGAUGAUGAUGAGGAUGAACCCAUGCCAGUGUCAGUGGUUGGGGAAAAAGAAGAUGAUGUGGACCAUAGGGAGGAUUACUUUGAGCCGAUUUCUCCUGAUCGAACGUCCGUUCACCAAGAAAGCCAGUACUCGGAUGAUGGAGAGGUAGAGGAAGAUCAGCCAGAGGAAGGGGAUGAUGAUGAUGAUGUGGAUGUUGAGGAGGAGGAGGAUGAGGACGACGAUGACGACGACGAUGACGAUGGUCAUACAGUAGAGAGUAUUGCUGAUGAGGAAGAAGAAGAGGAGGAGGAAGAUGAUGAAGAUGAAGAAGAGGGCGAAGAGGAGGAAGAAGGUGAUGGAGAUGAUGGCUAUGAGCAGAUUUCAAGUGAUGAAGAUGUAAUUGCUGAUCUAGAACGUGAAACAUUUAAGUAUCCAAGCUUUGAUAUUGAAUAUACUCCUGAGGAUCUGGCAUCUGUGCCUCCUGUGACAUAUGAACCUUUUGAAAAGGAGCUUGGACCGCUUUUAUACUUCAGCUGCCCUUACAAGACUGUAUUUGAAAAUGAAGUUGCUAAAAUAAAGGAUCAAGACACAGAAAAAGAAAAUUCAGGGGCAGUGGAAGGCUCAGUUAAAUUAACUGAACUGUUGGAAUUAUAUCAAGAGGAAAGGGGUGCAAAGUGGGUCACGGCAUUAGAAGAAAUUCCAAGUUUAAUAGUUAAAGAAUUGAGCUACCUGCUGGUGAAAGACACAAAGCAAGACUAUAUUACCCAGCUAGUAGACUGGACCCUGCAGGCUUUAAACCUUCAGGUGGCUCUCAAGCAGCCCAUUGCUUUGAACGUUCGACAGCUCAAAGCUGGGACAAAGUUGGUGUCUUCAUUAGCAGAAUGUGGAACUCAAGGAAUAACAGCACUCUUGCAGGCAGGAGUGAUAAAUGUGUUGUUUGAAUUGUUGUUUGCAGAUCAUGUAUCAUCCUCCCUUAAACUUAAUGCUUUUAAAGCGUUGGAUAGUGUCAUUAGUAUGACUGAGGGAAUGGAGAUGUUUCUAAGAGGUGGCACAGAUGUACAUGAAAAAAGUGGUUAUCAGAAACUCCUGGAACUCAUACUGUUAGAUCAGACUGUGCGAGUUGUUACAGCUGGUUCUGCAAUUCUCCAGAAAUGCCACUUCUACGAGAUUCUGUCAGACAUUAAAAAGGUGGUGGAUCAGUUAGCAGAGAGCACUCCUCCUCUUCCUAAUCACACAGAGCCAGAACAGGACCAGGACUUGGCAGGACUUGAAAGAACCAACCAAGAAUAUGAAAAUGAUGUGGAGGCUCCUAUGGAUAUGGAUCAUCUUUUGGAAUCGUCUAAUAUAAGCGAAGGAGAGAUGGAAAAACUUGUUAGUCUUCUUGAAGAGAUCUUCCAUUUGAUGGAAACUGCUCCUCAUACAAUGAUUCAGCCCCCUGUGAAAUCUUUCCCAACCAUGGCACGCAUUACGGGCCCUCCAGAAAGGGAUGAUCCUUACCCUGUCCUGUUUAGAUAUCUUCAUAGUCACCAUUUCUUGGAAUGCAUUACUUUGCUACUGUCUCUUCCAGUGACAGGUGCACAUCCAGGUGUGCUCCAAGCUAUCCGAGAUAUAUUGCGUUUCCUGGCACAGUCACAGAAGGGUCUUCUUUUCUUUAUUUCUGAGCACGAAGCAACAAACUUGUUGGUUAGAGCACUUUGUCAGUUUUCUGACCCAGAUCAAGAGGAAGGUCUGCAGUCAGAUGGUGCCAACGAGGAUCCUUUUGCCCUGUGGCUCCUGCAUUCAACGCAGACGUUACAGUGCAUUUCAGAAUUGUUCUGCCACUUCCAGCGGUGCACAGCCAGCGAGGAGACUGACCACUCAGAUCUGCUGGGAACACUUCACAACCUUUACUUGAUCACCUUUAACCCUGUAGGAAGAUCUGCUGUGGCUCAUGUAUUCAGUCUGGAAAAAAAUCUCCAAAGUCUUAUUACUUUAAUGGAGUACUAUUCCAAAGAAGCUUUAGGAGACUCAAAGUCUAAGAAGUCAGUGGCUUAUAAUUACGCCUGCAUCCUUGUUUUGCUGGUGGUACAAUCUUCCAGUGAUGUCCAAAUGCUGGAACAGCACUCAGCACCUCUGCUGAAGCUCUGUAAAGCAGAUGAAAAUAACACCAAGUUGCAAGAGCUCAGCAAGUGGCUGGAACCUUUGAAAAAUCUUCGAUUUGAAAUAAAUUGUAUUCCAAAUCUUAUUGAAUAUAUCAAACAGAAUAUUGACAGUUUGAUGACUCCAGAUGGAGUUGGUCUUCCCACUGCACUUCGUGUUCUCUGUCAUAUUGCAUGUCCACCGCCUAUGGUAGAAGGUCAACAGAAAGACCUUAAGUGGAAUCUUGCAGUUAUUCAGCUCUUCUCUUCCGAGGGAAUGGACACCUUCAUCCGGGUGUUACAGAAGCUGAACAGCAUCCUUAUUCAGCCUUGGCGACUCCAUGUCAACAUGGGCACCACGCUGCACAGAGUCACUACUAUUUCCAUGGCCCGCUGUACACUGACUCUGCUUAAAACAAUGCUGACAGAGCUCCUGAGGGGAGGCUCCUUUGAAUUCAAGGACAUGCGUGUUCCUGCAGCACUCGUUUCCUUACACAUGCUCCUCUGCUCUAUUCCGCUCUCAGGCCGCUUAGACAGCGAUGAACAAAAAAUCCAGAAUGACAUUGUUGAUGUCUUACUGACUUUUACACAAGGAGUUAAUGAAAAACUUACCAUUUCUGAGGAAACUUUGGCAAACAAUACUUGGUCUCUAAUGCUGAAGGAAGUUCUCUCAUCAAUUUUGAGAAUUCCUGAAGGCUUUUUCUCUGGACUUAUACUGCUUUCAGAGUUGUUGCCUCUUCCACUGCCCAUGCAGACUACUCAGGUAAUUGAAGCCCAUGAUAUUGCAGUGGCACUGAACACCAGGAAGCUGUGGAGCAUGCACCUCCACGUGCAGGCCAAACUGAUCCAGGAGAUCGUUCGCUCUUUCUCCAGCUCGUCCUGCCAACCCAUUCAGCACAUGUUGAGGAGGAUUUGUGUUCAGCUCUGUGACUUGGCUUCACCUACUGCUCUGCUCAUCAUGAGGACAGUAUUGGAUCUAAUUGUAGAAGACCUGCAAAGCAACACAGAAGACAAAGAGAAGCAGUACACUGGACAGACCACUCGACUGCUUGCUUUAUUGGAUGCCCUGGCUUCACAUAAAGCUUGUAAAUUGGCUAUUCUGCAUCUUAUCAAUGGAACUACUAAAGGAGAUGAAAAGUAUGGAGAGGUUUUCCAGGAGCUCUUGGCUUUGAUGCGAUCAGCUGGGGACAAUGUCACUCAUCAACAGUGUUCUGAAUAUGUAACUUCCCUUUUGCAGUCCCUCUGUGAUCAGGAUAUUGCACUUAUUUUACCAAGUUCAUCAGAAGGCUCUGUGUCUGAAUUAGAGCAGCUUUCCAACUCCUUACCAAGCAAAGAGCUGAUGCCCUUAAUUUGUGACUGUCUGAUGGAAACAUUAACAAAUUCUGAGAGCAGUUACAGCUGUCUGCUGACAUGCAUCCGAACAAUGAUGUUCCUUACAGAGCAUGACUAUGGCUUCUACCACUUGAAGAGCUCUCUAAGAAAGCACAGCAAUGCUCUGUACACUGUAUUGAAGCGAGUGAUAACUAGUUUCAGCAAAGACACAGGUGAACUGGCCUCUUCAUUUUUGGAUUUUAUGCGACAGAUUCUGAACUCUGAUACGCUGGGAUGUUGUGGAGAUGAGGGAAGCCUUAUGGAAACAGAUGGAUCCCAUUCAGGCAGAACGCUGGGUCUUACCACUGCAGAGUUAAAACAUCUACUACAAAACAAAGAAGAAACCCCAGAAAGCCUGCUUCUUGAUCUGGAGAAACAUGUUAUGGAUCGUUCUAAGGAAGAUGAUGGCCUUGAAUCCUUACUGGACAACAUUGUUGGAGUAAGGCAGAUGUUGGAGUCAGCAGGUGAUUCUUGUCCACUGAGUGACCAAGAUGUUGAGCCUACUCUUUCUGCACCAGACUCUCUUCAGAACUUGUUUAACAACAGGACUACGUACGUGUUGGCAGAUGUGAUGGAUGACCAGCUGAAGUCCAUGUGGUUCUCACCCUUUCAGGCUGAAGAAAUAGACACUGACCUAGAUAUGGUAAAAGUUGACUUAAUUGAACUGUCAGAGAAGGGCUGCAGUGACUUUGACUUGCAGGCUGAAUUGGAGAGGUCAUUUUUGUCAGAACCAUCAUCUCCUGGACGCACAAAAACCACAAAAGGGUUCAAGCUUGGCAAGCACAAGCAUGAGACCUUCAUAACUUCAAGUGGGAAAUCUGAGUAUAUAGAGCCUGCAAAGAGAGCUCAUGUUGUGCCACCACCCAGAGGAAGAGGAAGGGGAGGAUUUGGACAAGGAAUUCGACCACACGAUAUCUUCCGUCAGAGGAAACAGAACACAAGCAGGCCACCCUCCAUGCAUGUGGAUGAUUUUGUGGCUGCAGAGAGCAAAGAAGUGGUUGCUCCAGAUGGGAUACCACCAGCCAAAAGGCCACCAAAAGUGUCACAGAAGAUUUCUUCGCGUGGUGGAUUCUCAGGGAACCGUGGAGGACGAGGAGCUUUUCACAGUCAGAACAGGUUCUUUACACCACCUGCUUCAAAAGGAAAUUACAGUCGUCGUGAAGGUGCUCGAGGCUCAAGUUGGAGUGCACAGAGCACGCCCAGGGGAACCUACAAUGACAGUAGAGGUGGUCAAAGCAAUUUUAACAGGGGUCCACUGCCACCACUGAGACCAUUAAGUUCAGCAGGCUACCGACCGAGUCCUCGCGAUCGUGCGUCCAGAGGCCGUGGAGGAAUUGGACCGUCCUGGACAAGUGCUAAUAGUAGUAGCAGUGGUGGCUCAAGAGGGAAAUUUGUUAGUGGAGGCAGUGGAAGAGGCCGUCAUGUACGUUCCUUCACACGAUAGAAUAAGACCCAGUGGUGGAACAGCUCAACCUUGUGGACUUCUGUGAAGAUGACAAAGAAAGCAGCGUCACUAACGGACCAAUUCAGUUUCUGGUAUCUGGAGGACACCAAGAGAAUAUUUUUGUCCGAAGAAAAAGCUUUUGUUUGAUACAAGAAUUGAAAUUUCAAUAAAAUUCAAGACUUUUUGUGUACAAUUGUAAAUUUUUUGUUCCUUUUGAAAGAAUGUUUCAGUUUUUUUGUGGAUUUCAGUAGACUAUACUCAGUAAAGCACCUCUUUCAGUUAAGACUUGAAGAACUUCUUAAAUAUUCAUUGUGCCAAAAGAAAGGUGCAAGUGUUUUGUGUGUGACUUAUUACUGCAAGAAAAUUAAAAAAUAUGUAUGUAAGGCAA